ACCUCUGGGACAAUUCACCUAGUAUCAGCAGGGGUGUCUUAAAGAAAACUGAGCCUUGGUGGAAAUUUUCCGUUAAACACCUCAAAGGGAAAUACGACAGCCCGGCGGUAAAAAAAAAAAAAAGAAGAUUUAAGAAAGGGGGAGAUUUUUUUGUGUGUGAAAGUCCGGAGACCAAGCCGUUUGCGUUAUGGACCCAAGCAAGCCUGCGAGCUCUCCUCAAACGGGAUGGGCUACUGAUGAGAAGUCCUCCAUGGGCCAGGCGGCACCUCCGCCCUACCAAGACAACCUCCACGCGGGGUUCCCCCAGCCCGGCCCGGGAUACCCACCACAGCAGCAGGGCUAUGGAGGUGCACCUCAGUUUGGAGGUGCAGGAUAUGGGCCGCAGGGAUACGGGCCGCAGGGAUACGGGCAGGCGUACCCGGGACAGCCGGCCACCGUCACUGUCCAGCCCACAGUGUACGUGACCCAAGGCCCGCUGGCUAACCCUGUCAACGACUACCUGUGCUACUCCAUCUUCACGAUGAUGUGCUGCUGCCUGCCGUUUGGAAUUGUCGCCCUUGUCUACUCCAUCUCAGCCCGUGAAGCCAACCACAGUGGGGACCAGAUGGCGGCAGAGCGGAGCAGCAGGAUGGCCAGGACAUUCAACCACGUGGCCCUGGGACUCGGCAUCGGGGUCAUCAUCCUCACCAUCAUCUACGUUGUGGUUGUGGCAUCUGUGUCUAGCAGAUAAAUCUGUUUCAACAUUUCACCAUAUUUCUAGUCCCCAUUUUCAUUCUACAUCCCCCGCAGAGAUAAUGGAUGGAUGGAUGAGUGGAGUUCUGCAAUUGAAAGAGAUUUGUCUGAUGGGUGAAAUAUAGCUGCACUUACAACAUGCAUAACAUAGAAUUACAUUAAAAAAACUAACCAAGGAAGGAGAGAUUUAGCUUUGUUUAGUUCAUGCUGAGCAAGGGGUGAGCGUGUUUGUGUGUCUUAUAUGAGGAUCUAGUUAUCUUUUUUCCAGUCAUUUUUUAAUCGCACCAAAGUCCUCUUCUUUAUUCCAGCAAAGCUUCUCAUAAAAUCAGCAGAGACCUAGCAACAGUGGAGCCAGUAGGGUUGACACAUGUUGCUCAGGCUGCCCUAUUUUGAAAGCUGUAGUGUGUUACAUAUUACUGGCCUGUGUUUUUUUAGUCAUGCAAAUGUCUGUAUGGUCUUUUCAUAAUCAAAGCUGAAAAAGUCAGAUUUUACUGUAUUCCAAAUUUCUUAAAAAAUAAAGUUAGUUUAUUGAGUGAAAAAA